AUGCUUCUUCAGGAUUCCCGCAUUGUGAUCCUCGGCGGCGGCCCUGCUGGCCUCACGGCCGCGCGACUCCUCCACAAGCGUGGCCUCUCACCUCUGGUCCUUGAACGCGACGCAAGCCCCUCAGCACGCAGCCAGGGCGGUAGCCUCGACUUGCAUGAGGGCAAAGGUCUUCGCGCCAUUGAAGAGAUGGGUCUCAUUAAGGAGUUUGAAGCGGUCGCGCGCCCACAAGGAGCACGCUAUUCUGUCCUGGACGAGAACGCCAAGGUCUACGUCCAACUCACCGACGCGGACAUGGGCGCCUCCCGUCCCGAGAUCGACCGCACCCAGCUCCGCGCCAUGCUGCUCAACUCGCUCCCUCCCACCUCCAUCAAGUGGGGCGUCAACGUUACGGCCAUUGUGCCCAGCCCCAAAGGUGGAUAUGCCAUCCAGACCAGUGGGUCCGGGACCAUCGAGGCGGACCUCGUGCUGGCGUGCGACGGCAUGAACUCCAAGGCCCGCGCGCUCGUCACUGCCGAGAAGCCGCAGUACGCUGGCGUCUCGUUUGUCCAAGCCACAGUCACCAAGCCGGACGAGAAGACGUUUUUUGCCGAAACUCUCGGCCCAGGUUCCCUGUUUGCGUUGGGAAACGACCAGGCCAUCCUCGGUCAGCGUAAUGGCGACGACUCGAUGCUCGUCUACUACUCCCUCCGAGUACCCGAAGACACCAGCAAGUCCCGUGGUGCGGACCUCACGGACGCGGCCGCCGUCCGCGCCAUGCUCCAGAACGAGUUCAAGGGAUGGGAUCCCCGUCUGAUGGCCGUUCUCGACGAGGCCGACCACUUCGCCUGGUGGCCGCUGUACAGCGUUGCCGCCGAACAAAAGUGGAAUAACACCCACAAGGGACUCACCUUGCUCGGUGAUGCGGCCCAUGCCAUGCCCCCGUUCACGGGCGAGGGCGUCAACCUCGCGAUGCUCGAUGCCAUGGAGCUCGUGGACCAGCUCUUCAAGCACGAUAGUGUCGACACGGCUAUUGCAGAGUACGAGAGUGGAAUGCUGGCUCGCAUGAAGGAGGCCAUCGUCGACGUGCAGGAGAAUCAGGACCGCAUCAUGAGCCCCCAUGGGCCCGUUCCACUUCUUAAGAUGUUCGGCGUGACCGUUUGA